CGCCCGCGGGAGGUUCCGGGGGCAGAGUCCGCGGCCAUGGCGGAGCCGGAGGGGCCCGGGAGCAGCUGCAGGCUGGAGUUUGCAGUGCAGAUGAGCUGCCGGGGCUGCGCCGACGCCGUGAGGGCAGCGCUGGAGGGGACCUCAGGGGUGAAGCUGCUGGAGCUGCUCCCCCAGGCCCAGACCGUGCUGGUGGAGACCUCCCUGGGGGCCGAGCGGGUGCAGGAGCUGCUGGAGAACUCGGGGUGCAGGGCUGUGCUCAAGGGCAUGGGGGGCUCCCCUGACGCGCCCCCCGGGGGUGCAGCCGUGGCGGCCCUGGGGGGUCCCGGGGGGGUCCGGGGGCUGGUUCGAUUCCUGCAGGUCUCCCCUGGGCGCUGCCUCGUGGACGGGGCCGUGUCGGGGCUCCCCCCGGGCCCCCACGGGCUCCACGUCCACGAGUUCGGGGACCUGUCGGACCCCUGUGACAGGUACCGGG